CUCACCUCCUCACCCUCCAACAUGAAGGUUUUUGUGGCACUCCUCUGCCUGCUCCUCACAGCAGUUAGCUUCAUCUCCCAGGUGUUUUCUCAGCCAGAUGCAAUUAAUUCCCCAGUCACCUGUUGCUACACAUUCAUCGGCAGGAAGAUUCCCAUGCAGAGGCUGGCAAACUAUAGCAGAAUCACCAACAGCAAGUGUCCCAAAGAAGCUGUGAUAUUCAAGACCAAACUGGCCAAGUACCUCUGUGCCGACCCCAAGCAGAAGUGGGUCCAAGAUUCCAUUGCAUCCCUGGACAAGAAAACUCAGAUGCCAAAGCCCAAAACCCAAGAAUCAACAAUUCACUCCACAACCCAAGAAUACACAAUUUACUCCACAACCCAAGAAUCUACAAUUCACUCUAUAACUGAAGAAGAUAGAGCUAGUUUAUUUCCCUCUACCUUUGCCUAG